CAGAUUUAGGAAGAUCGGGAAUUUUAGUCAGAUUGCUGUCACAUUUAACGUAAAAUGUUUACUGCUGAAUGAACUUAUCAAAAUAACUAUUUGUGGUAUAUUUUAUCAUAAUGUAAUCAACUAAUAUGUUUACAUUUUAAUGUCGUACAGUUGUUACAUCUUUGAUCAUCCUAGUCCCGUUGAUUAGGACAGGUGGAACACAUUUCGAAAAGAAACAACAUGGGAAUCUUCGCCAUAUUUGCUCUGGUAAUUGUAACAUCAACGUUUUCAAAAGGGCGUUUUUAUUCUGCAAAUGGAAAAAAUUGGGAACCGAGGAAUGAAGGAGACUGUUCAAGAUUUGUGUACGAGUAUAGUAUUUUAGAGAAAUUGAUUUUACUCGAAACAGAAAAUGUUAAAUUACGAGAAAGAAUUGAGAAUCUUGAGAAACAAAGGAAGAAUCCAUCAAAAGUAUCGGUACAUGUGCGACUAUCAAAAACUACACCCUUGAGUGGAACAGAGAGAGUAAAAUAUGACCUGGAGAUAUCCAACAUUGGAGGAGGCUACAAUUUGAAAAAUGGUCAUUUUACUGCUCCCGUGCCAGGCAUUUAUCUCAUACAUGUUCAGUUAUGUCUGGGCCAGUCAAGUCAAUGGAUGGAUUUAAAUAUUGUUAAAGAUGGUGCAGUAAUUGGUCGAGUGUUUUCUGGAGAUCGAUCCUACCACUCUUGUGGUUCGGAAACAUUAAACAUACAUCUAAAGAAAGGUGACAAUAUCUGGAUUGUAAGGGAAGCCGGCUCAUCUACAAGUGUAAAUCAGGAUCAUGGAUGGAACUCUUUCAAAGCUUUUUUAGUUCUCGAGGACUGAGAUGCUGUUCAACGAAUUUGUUAAAGAAACCCUUAAGUAGUUGUUGUAGGCAGAAAUGAUAAUUGUCAAGUCAAGACAUUUUUAACUUUGGAAGUAAAUCAGCCAUUAUUGAUACCACUAGUACGAAUUAUAUUAUGGUUUGCAAUAUGUUUUUCAGACAUUAAUAUAUAAGUAAACUAAUCUAAAUGGACACUUAUUUACACUUAUCUCUGUUCUGUUGCUUCGAUGAUGAAAUUUUCUUUUUGAUAUAUUUUAGAUAGGUUUAUAAGUCACUAAUGUUUCCGAAAUUAACAUGAUGAUUCUAUUUUAAAUAUAAUAUCAUACGUACUGCUAAUUGAUCAGUUAGAGCCAAUAUUUGUUUCAAUGUAUAUGCUUACACUUGACGCAGUUUUAGGAAGUAAGUGCAAAAUCAUUUAACAAAAUCACAAACAUAAUAAUUCUAUUUGCUUGGUAUGAUUAAAUAAAUGAUAGUCGGACUUACAUA